AAAAGUGCUCCACGCACCUAUUCUACAUCUUUAUUUUAUUUUAUUUUAUACCGCUGCAACGUCCAUCUGCCUCCUCUUAUCGGCCUCGCUUUUCCCGUCUUAACCUACGCACCGGGAUUCUCAUCCUUCACCACCCUCAGUUCCGCUUGUUUUUUGUUCUCCUUCUUAAAGUACGCACCCCAGCUUUUAUCCUUCACGACCACCACGAACGGAAGAUCCGAUAGAGAGAAGAAGAUGAGGGGAUUAUCAAAUAAGAGGUCUUUAACGAGCGCGGUGGUGGGAUGGGUGCGGAGGCAGCCUCCGAAGGUGAAAGCGUUCUUGGCAGUGGUGUCGGGCAUGUCCGCUCUCGUCCUCCUCCGCUUCGUAGUCCAUGAUCACGACAAUCUCUUCGUCGCUGCCGAGACAUGCCACGCCAUCGGAAUCUGCGUCCUCAUCUACAAGCUCACCAAGGAGAGGACCUGUGCCGGACUAUCGCUCAAAUCUCAGGAAUUAACAGCUAUGUUUUUAGCUGUUAGACUGUACUGCAGUUUUGUUAUGGAAUUUGAUAUACACACACUGCUCGACUCGGCUGCUUUAAUGACAACCUUGUGGGUUAUAUAUAUGAUCCGCUUUAAACUGAAGUCUAGUUACAUGGAGGAUAAGGAUAACUUUGCAAUAUAUUUUGUGGCUGCCCCAUGUGCUAUAUUAGCUCUUGUUGUUCACCCAUCAACUUCACAUAAUAUUUUGAACAGGAUCCUUUGGGCCUUUUGUGUUUAUUUGGAAGCUGUUUCUGUAUUACCCCAGUUACGUGUGAUGCAAAACACAAAGAUUGUUGAACCAUUUACAGCUCAUUAUGUAUUUGCAUUGGGAGUUGCAAGGUUUUUGAGUUGUGCACAUUGGGUCCUCCAGGUCUUGGAUACCCGUGGACAAUUAUUAACAGCUUUGGGCUAUGGGUUGUGGCCUUCAAUGGUUCUUCUUUCCGAAAUUGUUCAGACUUUUAUCCUUGCAGAUUUCUGUUACUAUUACAUCAAGAGUGUUGUUGGAGGCCAGCUUGUGUUGCGCAUUCCAUCUGGAGUGGUAUGAAAAUGAAGAUUUGAUGUGGUGUUGCAUCACACAUGACUUGCUAGGGAAUGUGGUAUAUGCUCCUCUGUGGCUGCUUUCUUUCUUUCUUUCUUCUUCUUCUUCUUCUUCUUUUUUUUUCCUUCUUCAGAGCACCAUGCAUGUACUCUUUAGAGUUGCGAAAUAGUUAGUCACAUGAAAGGGUGUUCCUACUGGCAUUGAUUUGCUUUUAUGGAAUCACGAAUUCAGAAGGUUUUGGGUAAAGUAUUAUAUAAUCUAAUUCAUACUUUAAUCAACGGCAAGUUGCUGUUGUGGAA